AGAAGAAGACCCGGAAGUACUUUUUGAAUUGUUGCUGACGAGACGCUGUUGCUCACAGCAGUGAUCCUUGAAUCUCAUCGGUAUUUCUGAUUAUUGCAUUACCUUUGUGUCUUCAGAAAUAUAUUUCUUUAAACAGGUAACGUUUAGCUAAACAGAACAAUUAUACACGCUACUCUUCGUGUCGAAAUUAGUAUUUUCUUUGACCGGAAUCAUACGCCGAGGGCCAGCUCACGCUAGCAAGUUGUUGUUUUCAAAUAAACAACGUUAACGUUACAGUAGUUAGCUAAACCUAGGUAGUUCAUCUGAAGUACAUCAUAUUACACCAUCAAUCAUGGCAGUUGUCAACGAAGGCGCAUUGAAGAAAAUGCUCAAGCAAUACAAAUACAGGGACCUGACUGUUCGUGAGAUAACCAACGUCAUCUCCCAGUACAAGGACCUGAAGCCUGUUAUGGAUUCAUAUGUUUUCAAUGAUGGCUCCACUAGAACUCUGGUGAGCUUAACAGGAACAGUGCCAGUCAGCUACAGAGGAAACAUAUAUAACAUCCCAGUGUGUCUAUGGCUGCUGGACACCUACCCAUACAACCCUCCCAUCUGUUUUGUGAAGCCCACCAGUGCCAUGAUGAUCAAGACUGGCAAACACAUUGAUGCCAAUGGCAAGAUCUACCUGCCCUAUCUGCAUGAGUGGAAACAUCCCCAGUCGGACCUGUAUGGUCUGAUCCAGGUGAUGAUCGUGGUGUUUGGGGAGGAGCCCCCCGUAUUCUCCCGCCCCACCACACAGGCCCCCUACCAGGCCUUCCAGGCUGCAGGACCCCCCCAACCGUAAGUUACCCCAUCCUACAUGCCAGGUAUGCCAGCGCUCUCCCCGUACGGACCAAACCCCACCCCUGGUGGCUAUCCAGGGUACCAGUACCCUAGUGCAAACUCGUAUCCUGCCACACCUGGCACUACACACUACACUUCCCAGAUUCCUGCCUCCACUGUGGGCCCCAGUAGGGAUGGUACCAUUGGCGAGGACACCAUCCGUGCGUCGCUGAUCUCGGCGGUGAGCGACAAGCUUCGUUGGAGGAUGAAGGAGGAGAUGGACCGGGCGCAAGCCGAGUUGGACGCGCUGAAGAGGACCGAGGAGGACCUGAAGAAAGGACACCAGAAACUGGAGGAAAUGGUCUCACGGCUAGACCAGGAAGUGGCGGAGGUGGACAGGAACAUUGACCUACUGAAGCGUAAGGACGAGGAGCUGAGCGAGGCACUGGAGAAGAUGGAGAACCAGUCGGAGAACAACGACAUUGAUGAUGUAAUCGUGCCCACGGCGCCACUCUACAAGCAGAUCCUCAACCUGUACGCUGAGGAGAAUGCCAUUGAGGACACCAUCUUCUACCUGGGAGAGGCGCUGCGCCGCGGGGUCAUAGACCUGGAGGUGUUCCUCAAGCAUGUGCGUCUGCUUUCCCGAAAGCAGUUCCAGCUGCGAGCCCUCAUGCAGAAAGCCCGCAAGACCGCCGGCCUUAGUGACCUCUACUGACCCCGCGGACACUCAUACACACUCCCUUUCUCCCAGUCUCUCCCUCUGUACAGCUCCUCUUUAUAUCUGUCUUUUUGUCUCUUUCUCUCGGUCUGUCCUCUUCUCUCGGUCCGUCCUCUUCUCUCUAAAAGACGUGCCCUAAAAUUGUAUGAAAAGAGCUAACAAAUUUGUUCUUGUUUCGAACAUCUCCUAAACAUGCAUCUAGUUGGAUAACUAAUGUGGAAAAUAUGCAGUUUGAUAUGGAGCAAAUGUCUGCCAACAUUAAUUCUUGCAUUUAUAUAUAUUUUUUGUAUUAAUAUUGGCAGCCAUAUGCUUCCAUAGUCACAAUGUUGGAGUGGUAUCAAACGAGAGGUGUGAGAGUAUGUGCUCUGACAUUGUGUGACAGUUGCUGGUGUGAGUUUGUGCUUACUUGUCUCGCUGUAAAGGAAAGCUUACACUCUGAUAUAAAUAUAAAUCUCAACUAGGGAUGUGCAUCUCUCCUUUCAUGAAAGAUUCUAGAUACAUGGGCACUGAUAUGCUACAGGAAUGAUGCUUUUUUGUUUUAAAAGAUUCCGUUUGAUUAGGUGAGCGAAUUAAUGCGAUUUGGUUAGAUACGAUAUGCUUCAAUGCACUAAAAUGAUUUGCAUGAACACAUUUAAUUUUCUAUUUUAAAUAUGUAUCUGCUGCUGUUGGGAUGACUUCUCUUAGCUGUGUGUGUGUGUGUGUGUGUGUGUGUGUGUGUGUGUGUGUGUGUGUGUGUGUGUGUGUGUGUGUGUGUGUGUGUGUGUGUGUGUGUGUGUGUGUGUGUGUGUGUGUGUGUGUGUGUGUGUGUCUGUGUGUGUGUAGGCACCUGAGCUGAGCAAUAGGGAAGACUGAGCAUCUACUACCCCACUAUCAGAUUAGGGAUGGAAGGCAAUUUCUGCUUUUUGUCCCCCCCCCACAUCAGAAAUCACCAUCACCCACUGAUUAACUUGUAAUUUUUAAAGAAAAUGUUUGAGCUAGUACUAUGUCAAUAUGUGUCUUUAGAAAUUAACAUGGCAUUUAGCCAAUUAAGAUAAUGCAGUUUUGGAUUUUACCCUGUCUCAAAAGCAAAUUGUUUGGACCAUUGAUUGCAAAAAUGAUUGCUGUCCAUUAUGAAGUUACCUUCUUAGUUUAAAAAUGACCAAAUACACCGACAGUUGAGAGCAAAAUUACCAAAACCUGAACAAUUGAAAUACAAUCUGAAUGAAAACCCCAAUCAACAGUUGGAUGUGAGUUGUCCGCAACUCACAUGUGAGAGGCUACACAACUCCGGUAAAGCACAAUGAUCUUGUAACAAUGACCCAGCAAAUUACAUUGGUUGUCACUCAACUAAUAAAGCCUAUGAUUUGACAUCGUAAAAGCCAUUGUGCAAGAAUCUGAGUGCUGAAGGUGCGCGCAGAUGUAUCCUAUUAGAACAGGGAUAGGCCUGCCUUUUGUUGGCGUGAUCAGUUGUCUCUCGCACUAUGCCACAGUUAUAUUACAGCACGUACGCAGUUACAUGCAUAAAAGUUUGAUAGGCUACUGAACUGAAGGAGAGGCAGCAUCAAUUGUCACAAUAGAUAAGAGAUAUUUUUGGUAUAAAACAAUGUGGAGUAAAAAAAAAUAUUAGUAAACUUGUUAUUUGAAUCGGUUUUCUGACCAAUGUAUGAUGCAUGCUUAAUUUGGAUUGCUUUGGGAUCCCGCAGACAGAUGCACAAGUACCUUAAACAUUUGAACCAAGGACCGAUGCGCGUCAGUGAAUCGUUACAUCCCUACAUCGUGGUCCUUCUGUAGCUCAGUUGGUAGAGCAUGGCGCUUGUAACGCCAGGGUAGUGGGUUCGAUCCCCCGGGACCACCCAUACGUAGAAUGUAUGCACACAUAAGUCGCUUUGGAUAAAAGCGUCUGCUAAAUGGCAUAUACUAUUAUUUAUUAUAUUAUUAUCCCUAGACUCAAACUUUUAGGAAAUGACAAGGGUUCAUCUAGUCGGAGCAUACUUUCUCAAAGCAGGGUUCAUGUUGGCACAAAACUGUUUAGAAACCUUUAGAGGUACAAUUUGAAUUAUAUUUUGUAUUAAAAAAAAAAUUAUAAUGGCAGCCAUUUGUUCCAUAUCCAACUGCAUCAAUGCUGAAUGAGGUGAGCAGGUGACCCUGGCUUGUGCUCACAGUCCCCCUACUCUAUCUUGGCUAUUCUGUCUAUUGCUCCCAUUGGCAUCUGGAACAAUUGAGAAACGGCUUUCCACGUCAGCUGUUCAGGAUGAUCCUUCAGUCUUGACCUGUGUCGUGCUUAUUAUGACACUCAAUAGACAACGUUUUCAAAGUUUCGCAACGGAGAAGGAAAAUUAUAGUCCAUUCUUCUGUUUGGUGCCUAAUGAGCAGAACCAUGAUGGUCAGUCGAUCAUGUCCAUUGAUUCUCAAGACUCCCCUAAGCCCCUGUACAGUGUCUGUAUGUUCAUGUUUGAAUGUGUCACUUAACGUGUUUCUAUUCAAAGGCGUCAAAAGGAAAAUGUUAAUGUUUUUCUCUUGCUUCGCUUAGUUGUUUAUUUUCUGUUUUCUUUCAUGUUUUCAGCUGUUCUAAGAGAUCAAUGUCUUUACCCUUUCGGUUUAUAUAAAGGUUGUUAAUUAGAAACAAGUGAAGUUUUUUUUUUUUACUAAUCAGAAAUGUAUGUAGACGGGUCUCUUAAAAUGAGCUUUUACUAAAUGCACUUUGAAUUGUAUAAUAUGCUGUAGUUUUUUUUGUUCAGAUUACUUUCAUUUUCAACAAUAGACCAUCAAUAGACCAUCUGUUCUUUUAUCUGUAGAAUUUUAUGUAAAUCAGCACAAUAAAACUAGUCUGGUUUGCCAAAAAUUA